AUGAUGGAUCGAAUUCCAACACUGAGGAAUUUAGAUAAACGUGAUGUGGAAAUGGAGUCUCUAUUAUGUCCGAUGUGUAGUGGUGAUGUCAGAGAUGUUAGUAAUUUGUUCUUCAAAUGUUCUCUCGCUCAUCAGCUUUGGUCAGGGAUUGCGCGUUGUGUGGUAUUGCAGUUCCCGGUUUUUGAUUGCUUCUUGUCUAUGACAGAGUGGAUUGAUAUCCAGCUUGUAGCUCGUUUAAAGCAUGCAACUUUGGACUCGUUUGUUCGUGUUGAUGAUUUCUAUCUAGCUUUUGUUUUCAUUUCAUGGUUAAAAAAACGUAUUUGUAGGCAACGUGAGUGGGUUUAUCGGCGAAUCUAUCAAGCAUCACACCCUUUUCUCAGCCUCUCCAGAAACCCUCGUCUCCCUUUCCCCUCUUUCUCUCUUCCCCCAAUUCUUCAGUCAACAAUGACAUCCCUCUUCUCCACCUUCAAGUACUCCGACGGCCUAACGGUCGUCGGAAUCUCUUUCUGCACCGCCGUCAUCUGCGAAGCAAUCUCAUGGCUCUUGAUCUACCGCACCACAUCUUAUAAAUCACUCAAAUCCUCCAUCGACAAAGCCUCCAAGAAACUCGAAACCAUGAAAACCGAUUCAACUGUCGCCGCCGCCCCCAAAAAGUCCAAAACCAAAAAAAUAGAUCGCGUGGAAACGUCGUUGAAGGAAUCCAGCAGAGAUUUGUCUCUCUUCAAGUUCAAAUCUGGUGGCGUCGUUGCUUUGGUUCUGUUCGUUGUGUUUGGGUUUUUGAACAAUCUUUUUGAAGGGAAGGCGGUUGCGAAGUUGCCGUUUGUUCCGGCGAGGAUUGUUCAGAAGAUGAGUCACAGAGGAUUGCAGGGAGACGAUCCGACGGAUUGUUCGAUGGCGUUUUUGUAUUUCUUGUGUUCGAUCAGUAUCAGGACGAAUCUACAGAAGUUUUUAGGGUUUGCACCUCCUCGUGGAGCUGCCGGCGCCGGUUUGUUUCAGAUUCCGGAUCCUGCCAAGACCAAUUGA